UGCAGAGUCUGUUUCCAAACAUAAGGUUAGUAAAGAAUAAAGUUUUUUUUUUGUUUAAUUAUCCAGAAACGCCGGUGAGGACUUGAGAGGAUAAUAAACACACAGAGAGCGACGGAGAGACUGAGAGAAGAAGGAAGAGAUGGAGAAGUAUUUUGGGAAUGCGUAUAGGGGAGAUCCAGGAGUGCCGCACGCAGAUGCUGAUAGGUUCGUGAACAUAUGGAUUGGUUCGGCUGCCUUCUCUGUUCUCACAUGGGUCAAUCCUUACAUGUGGCAGCUCUCCAACCAGUUCAAUUAUCAUGAUAAGUGGAUGCUCUUUGAGCAGCACCACUGGAAAAAGGCAAGGGCGAAGAAGCAGCCUUAUGAAUUCAAGUGGAAUAAGAUACCAAAAGAAGUCAGGGACUCGUAUUAUUACAACUGGCCUGUCUACUUCCCUUAGAUGAAAGCCUCUCUGCCUUGAAAUCUUCUCAGCUGCCUUGUGGUCAGCAGAGAAACAACUAAAAAAAACUUGCUUCUUGUUCUGUGCCUUUUGUACUUCUGUUGGAUUUAAAGUUUGGUUUGUAUUUGAUCACUCAACUUUUCUCUGUUUAAUUAUUCUCCUCUGGUUGAAACUCUUA